AUGGAGCAACCCGCCUGUAUCGACGUACAUCGCAUACCAGCCAGGGGUGUAGCCGGCAAAAUCCAAAUAUACGACACUAGAUUCAGCAAAAACUACCCCUACGCCCUCGACAAGAAAACUGCAGACCUGGAAGCAUUCCUCGGGCACGUGCCCGAUCUACGUUCGGUCGACGACACUAUCAAUUUGAAACAUCGUUAUCUCUUCAAUCACGAGCUUUCGAAUACCGCUGUGCCUAAAGGAUGGAAAGGAAUGUAUCUUGUGUACAAGUGCAGGGAAUCGUGCAUUGGAUCGAGGUACGCACUACCGAGGUAUCAACAAUUGAAGAAGGAUGCGCUCGUCCACGGAGACGCUUUUGUACUUUAG